AGUUGCUUAUAUUUUGCACAGGUGUUUUCAAGUUGCAAGACGGGGGAGCACUCGAAACUCGGCAUUGUGUCUUUGGAAAUAGACAUUGAGCAGAUGGUGAGAAUGCUUAAGAUGAGCACAGCAGUUUAACUAUUGUAAAUAUAGUAGAGUAAAAAUAAAGAGUGUGUGGCAAAUACCGUCUGAAGAUUGUAAUGAACUUUACCGUAAAAAGUCUAACAGUUGUCUUCGAAUUCAAUACAGUACUAGAUUGUGUAUUGUUUACACGAAGAUAUACUAAGUUUACAAACCACGCAGCAAAACAAUGAGCACAACAGCAAACAAUUAUACAGUGAACACAACAGCAAAUGGAACAGCCUUCUUCAAAUUCACUGUCGCAAUGCCGUUGUGUGUUGUGAACGUUAUCUUCACAUUUGUUGGAACAUUUUUAAACUCUGUUGUCAUAAUGAGUCUAUGUAAUUCACAUUUGCGAAGAAAAUUAUGUUACUUCAUGAUUCUCGUUCUGUCUUGUUUUGACCUCGCCGUGGUUGUUAUCUUUCAUCCAUUGAUAAUUUUGGAAACUAUAUGCAGGUGGUUGUCCAUGACUGAUUAUUAUUCUGUCGACCUGUUGUAUCUUGAACAUUUAUUUGCGUUUUCGUUGACCGCACUUUUAACUAUGACUCUGGAAAGAUAUCUUGCUGUGGUGUACCCAUUUUUUCACGAGAAUUCCGUGACAAAAUCAAGAUUGUUAGCUAUUUUUGUGCUAAUGCAAUUGCCAUUUGGAGUUCCCUAUUUUGCGCUUCUAAACCGAACCUUAGAGACGUACAUAGAAGCGUGUUUACUUGCCCUCAUCACAGCGGUGUUCUCCGUGAUGUAUUUUCUUAACUACAAAAUAUUUUCCACGGUGGAAAGAUUAAGAAAACGCGUGGCCAUAACUCUGGGAACUUUUGAUUCUGAGGAGGAAAAUAUUAAAGUCAAGAAACAUAACUUUUCUCUGGGCAAAGUUUCCACAUGCUUGCUAGCGAUUUUUUGUCUGUCUGUAUGCUAUUUUCCAACUGUUGUUAUUUGUGUCUUAAAGCUGAUGCGAGUGUUUGGCCACAAUGAUGAUCAUAACAACGGAACACUUAUUGUCAUACGCCUUUGGGAGGACACUUUCCUCACCAUCAAUUCAACUUUGAAUUGCUUGAUAUUUUUCUACAAGAACAGUGCCUUACGCCGACGUGGAAUUAAGAUUAUGAAGAAAUGUUUAUGUGCGAGAUUUCGAUAUCAUAAACGCAUGAUGGACACCACAACGCCAAUAUAUCAUUAUCAUCACUAUCUCGUUCAUAAUAUAACCAUGUAGGCAUAGUUCUACAGAUUGCGGUGUCCUUGGCAAGCACCGGAAACAAAUAC